ACUGGAUAUCUGGCCAACUCUCAAUGAGGUCAGCUCUCGUACAAACACUUGCGCUUUGCACCAUCCCGACUGCCUUUGCGGCCGCUACCUCCUUAACCUCAAUCACCCACCAGAAGCCCAUAGCCCAGGUCGAAGUCAUGGCUGCACCAGAGGGCGCGCUCAAAGUUCCCGGACACAAUAAUGCUACUUACGGCCCAAUUCCCAAGGCCUCGCAACUGUUUAAAAUUGAAUUUCUCGAGAUUGCUCCAUCGCCCAUUCCCACCGAUCGAAUCUUCUUCACGCUCCUCCGGGGCAAGAUCUUUCCAUCCAAGACGAAGGACUCGGCCGAUCUUGAUAAGCUCCUCACCAACGCGACCCUCACUAUGACCAUGUCCGCCAUUCUAUCGAAUGGUGAGGUUGAGGACCCACAGAGCUACACUGCACCCCUCCACACCACAGGAUAUAGCCUCGGGGGUCAACUCUCAAUCCGCAAUUCCACGGGCGCGUACACGGAGCAUCUGAGCAGCAGCGGCCACAACGAUAUCCUAACCGAUUGUCAGCUUCCGACUAUGUUCAUACGGACCGGAACGUGGACUUUUGAGAUCGUUGCUGAGCUCGAAGAUGGGACUUGUUUGUUUGCGAUAGCAUUGACGCAGUGGUUAGAGGGCGGGGCGAAGUGGUGAGAGUAUGACGGCUAGCAACGCACUACAAGCCUCACUAUCGUUGAAAUAUCGAGUAUAAACUACAGACCAGAGAGUACAUAGUACAAUGUACUGUAGUAAGCAGCACCUCGAGUCAAUUUCGAAACUAGUUCUACCAGU